CCGACCGGAAGUAGUAUUCUGCAAGUUUUGGGAAAGCGUUUCAUCGACUGCGAUCAAAAUCUACGAAGUGACAGUUGUCAAAAUCAAUUAAAUAAGACUAAUUUGUCAAUUUGAGUUUUGAUGUAACAUGUAAAGCAUUCCAAGAUGGCCCAGCGAAUAGUGAAGGAUUGGUUGUCUGAAUACAAAGUGCUGUCAGCAGAAGAGGUGCACAGUUAUGCUGCCUCAGUGAGACAUAAUGGGGAGUUAAUUGAUGGCCUGCUGGCACUAUUUGAUGAUGAGCCAGACAUUGAGGUGCUGGACCCAGUGUGUAACCAACUGUUUGAGUUCUAUCGUUCAAAGGAAAGGGAGUUGCAAUUAUUCUCGCUUGAGCUCAUCCCUUCAUUGAUAUGGUUGUACUUGUCCUACAUCAGCAAGGGACAGAAAUCUAAAUGUGGUGGGGUGGAGACGUUCCUUUUGGCAGUGUAUAACUUGGAGGUGUGUAAUUCAAAUGGCAAAGCCAAGAUCAAUGAUGUUCGAGUGCCAGUGCUCAACAAAUCAUCCAUUUACCACGAGGCCCAGAACCUCAGCCUGUCCCCAAUCACGGAGAGCACCCUGGCACGAUUUAACGCUGAGGAGAGCCUGCUCAGGGACGGACCACGGCCGCAGUUGGAGAACAUCAACGGUCAGAACAGGGCCAGCGUUCUCGCCUACCUCCUCCAGUGUUACCAUGACAAUGUGGCGCUGUUGUCUGCACGCUCGCAUAAGGUCUUCAGUAAGAUGUGCUCAAGGAUAGUAACAGUAGGGUUUCCAGCGCGAAUACCCAGCGACUGCAAUCUGGACCAUCUGGUGGCCCAGUCAUCUUGUACACUGGACACUGUUGUGUUGUCCACAUCGUCAGCCAAUCAUGUUGGGGAGUUGGAGCCACGGAUCCAAGUUGGACCGGCUGUGCUGAUAGAGAUGCUCAGUUCCCUGUACUUCAUCAUGUUCAAUGGUCAGACUGGGCCAGGCAUACAGGCAGUGGUGGACAUUCACAAUAGAGCAGAGUAUGAGCUCUACUCUGAUGUUUUACUGGUUACUAAUGCAAUCGGGAAUUCGCUGCGUGAAAACCCAUCAGGUCAGCACGAUGACAGCUCCAUCGGACUCAGUCUGGCCUUGCCAACAUCAUCAUCCAACUACACGCUGUCCAAGUCGGCCAUCACGAAUGCCUCUUUUAGAACUAAGAAAUUACCCGACGACAUUCCAAUGCAGCCAGAUGAGGCUGGCAAGUUGCCAACAAUUGUAGAGGACGAAUCCCCCAUAAAGCCAACAAAGCCUGUGAAACAGAAGCCAGCAAAGAAGGAAAAGUCGAUGGAGAAGUUACGAGCCAAGGAGCUUAGAAACGCUUCCAAUGCAAAUAAUUCCAGUAUUAGCAAUGGGGAUUCUUCUAUCGAUAGCGUAAAUGUCAGCAUUGUGAAAGGCCAGCAUAGGAGCGGGGUAGAUACAAUAGAACUCAUGCCACUCGCAAAAACGAAGGACGCAUCUGAUGCCUCUUCUUCGCCCUUUACCGGGAAACAUUCCUCUGGGGUGGCGGUCAAGUCAACGCCAUCUUUGAAAACAAGUGCUGUGAAUAAGGAUGGUAAAAGUGCCAAGAUGGGUGCAGAGUCGAUGCCCUCUGCGAAAACUAGCAUUGUAAAUAAGGAUGUCAAGAAUACUAAGAUGGCGGUCGGACAUUCGAGGAACCUCUCUGGAGGUUCUGUUGGCUCAGAAAACUUUAGCACUGACCUUUGACCUCAUGAAUAGUUAUACACAUGUACCAUUGAUUUUGUGUCAAGGUAUUUAAGGUAUUUGACCUAGUGUUAGGCCAUAAGUUAGUUUCUUUAUUUAGAUUUGGGCAUCCUUUCAGGACCUUUUUAUGCCCCUGAAGGAGGGCAUAUAGUGAUCGCACUGUCCGUCUGUCCUUCCGUCACGCUUUUGCGUUAAGGUUUCGAAAAAUGCUCAUAACUUCUAUGCCGCUUCAGAUGUAACCUUCAUAUUUGGUAUGCAUGUGUAUAUGGAAAAGGCCUUUCCAUACGCUUACAAAAUUUGAGCCCUCUGACCUUGACCUUGAACUUAGCGUCCGCGUUUAGGUUUAGAAAUCUGCGUUUAGGUUUCAAAAAGUGUUUUUCGGGGCAUAUGUCUUCUGAUGGAGACAGCUCUUGUUUCAGGACCUUUUGUCAAUUGUGUAAGCUCAUUGCUUUGUUUCUUGAUUUCAAUAUGGACAUCCUUUCCUAAACUUACGAAUAAAGAAUAGCCUAGGACUCGUGAACAAACACGUGUUUGUUUGAGAAAUAUUGUGAGAGUACUAGGAUUUUGAAAUUAAUUUUUAUCAAAUUAACUCUAUAUACAGAUAUUUAAACUUGUUUCAAAAUAUUUCGAUAUAUUCAUCAAUAUCUGUUUCAUGCACAUGUGCUAUACAUAGAAAUCAAUUAAGAGAGGCAUAUUAACCCUUCCCCACUCAGAAGCGAAGUGAAAAUGGCUGUGUGCAAACAGCAUAAAACCAGAACAGCCUGCAAGUUACUCACAGUCUGUUCAGGUUUUAUGCUGUUUGCUGCUCAUCAGUAUAUAAGGGUUUGAAAUGUGCCUUUAAAACAUGAAACUAUUGAAAAAAGAAAGGUUAAUAAAAUUUAAGUUUCUAAGGGACUACAAAUACGUAUCUAAGUGGUAAAGGGUUAAGUAAGAUGGCCUUCGUCUGCCCACAGACAGCUUAGAACAUUGCAAAAAUAUAAAGCCAAUACCCAUUACAGUCAACACGGAAUACAUUUUUGAAUUACCAUUAUGCAAUGAACUUGUUAGACUUAAUCUUCAGUUAUGGUAUUUAGGUCUAAUGGGAUGCUUUUAUGAUAAAGAUAGAAAUCGAGUUUUGGUUGUAAAAGAGAAUUAUUUAUUUUGCUGUACAGUGUUGUUUAUUGUUGGACUGUUCUACAAAUGUGAUUGUAUGCAUGAACAAAAUGAUUUAGUGCUAACGAUAAAAGGUAUUAUAUGGAUUUAUCAUACCUCGCUGUUAUAUUAUUUUAAGCCUUGCUUGAUAUAUUACAAAAAGAUCAGGCAGUAACCUGUUAUUCUCUAUAUAUCAUAUAAACUGAACAUUAGCAAUUCAAUAAUAAUGCAAAUAUUAUCUGCAAAUGUUUAAGUUGACAUAAACAUUUAGCUUGCUUUACAUAUCUAUCUGGCAUGUCUUAUAUACUAAUGUUAUGUUUAUGUAAGUCACGUUUUUAUGCCCCCGAAGGAGGGCAUAUAGUGAUCGCACUGUCCGUCUGUGCGUUUAGGUUUCGAAAAAUGCUCAUAAUUUCUUUGUCGCUUCAGAUGUAACCUUCAUUUUGGUAUGCAUGUGUAUAUGGACAAGGCUUUUCCAUGCGCACACAAAUUUUGAACCCUGUGACCUUGACCUUGAACUUAAAUCGGCGUUUAGGUUUCGAAAUCUGCGUUUAGGUUUUGAAAAAUGCUCAUAACUUCUAUCAAAGUGUUUUUCAGGGGCAUAUGUCAUCCUAUGUAGACAGCUCUUUUUGUCAAUUUGUUUUAUAUUCCCACAACCCCCACACCUGUAUAAAAAGUAAAUGGGGGUGUACUGAAAUCACAAUUGAAGUCUGUCCGUCUUUCUGUAGGGACACAAUUGUCUUGAACGUGUUCUCCCACACUGUAUAAAUUCUAUAUCAAACUUGCAUGCUCUGUUCCUUAUGAUAUGAAGCUGUUCAUGUACUAUUUAGUAUCAUCCUACUUUAACAAGUAUAACAGUAAUGCCCCAUUUUCAACUUUGAGGUUCUUAAUCAUCUUGCUACAUAUUACAACAUGUGAUGUUGGGAGAUAUUAUUUGUUUCUAUUGUGACAAACUAUAGGUUUACAUCUUAAAUAUUAUUUGUAUUCUUUUGUUGUAAUAAGUCCAUUGUUGUCAUGCAAUGU